AUGUCGACAGACGAGGCCCAGAAGCCGUCCAAGACGUACGACGCGAGCUGCCACUGCGGCAGCAUCAAGCUCUCGUUGACGCUCUCGCCGCCGCUCGAGGACGGGCACAAGGUCCUCAACUGCAACUGCUCCAUCUGCCGGCGCAGCGGCUACCUCCUUGUUUACCCCGAGAAGAAGGACGUCACCUGGCAUGACGGCUCCCGCGAGAGGUGCACCAACUACCGCUUCAACACCAAGACCAAGGACCAGAUGUUCUGCGGUAGCUGCGGGUCGAGCCUCGGCAUCGACUUUUUGAACGAGACUUACUACGGCAUCAGCGCGCGGACGAUUGACGGCAUCGACCUCGACACGCUGACGUACAAGAAGCUGGAUGGCCUGAACAAGGUUUCGCCGGCCCAGGACCUGUCUGGAACUGGAACCAAAGAGGCUAGCACUUGA